AUGUCGUUUGAUCAGCUCUCUUCAAUGGAGGCCGGCCGCCGGCGCGGCGGUGGCGGCAGCGGCGGACAGUACUCGGACGACCCAGACUUCCAGAAACUUGCGCAGCAGCUGAGCAACAAGCUGUUUAAGCUGCAGGGGAACAUUGCCAACCUGAGCCGCGAUAUUGGCCAUCUGGGCACCCGGCAGGAUAACGCGCGCGUGCGCGAGCGUGUCAACGACGUUCUUGAAGAGUCGCGCGAGAUGUUCAAGGAAGUGGGCGAGGGCGUCAAGAAGGUGCAGGGCUGGGAUGAUGUGACGCCCACGCAACGGUACCAGCAGCAGAAGCUGUCCCGUGAGUUCCAGGGCGCCCUGUCCGAGUUCCAGACCCUGCAGCGGCAGGCACUUGAGAAGGAAAAGGCGUCCGUGUCGGCAGCGCGGGCAGCUGCCGAUGAGGGCGGCGAUGCAUCUGGCGGCACAACUGGCGCUGGCGGCCAGCCGCUUCAACAGCAGCAGCUGGAACAGCAGCAGGAGCUGGCACGGCUGGCGCCUCAGGACGAGGUUGACUUCCAGGAGGCUCUUAUCAUUGAGCGCGAGGACGAGAUCCGCAACAUCGAGCAGGGUGUGGGCGAUCUCAACGUGCUGUUUACACAGGUGGCCACGAUGGUGCACGAGCAGGGCGAACAACUGGACAACAUUGCGGACAACGUUGAGAAUGUGCGGUCGGACACACGUGGUGCGGACUACGAGCUGCGGUCGGCGGCGCGGUACCAGCGCAACGCCCGUAGCAAGGCCUGCUGCCUGCUGCUGGUGCUAUCGGUCAUCCUGACUAUUGUUCUGUUGGCCGUGUUCCUCGGCUGA